AUGGCUUCAUCUUCUGUAUCUUUCUCUUCUCUUCAUCUGCAAGUGCAAUUCCCUUCAUCAAAAUUACCUCCUCCGAAACCGAAGCACUUUAAAUUUGAGCCCACUCUCCACCUAGCUUCUGUAUCAGAGAAACUAUCUAUUGCACCGCCAGCUCCGCCGCCUCCACCACUGGCAACGAAUGUGGUUCCACCAGAACCCAAAAAGCUCCCCAUCCGUAAAAUCCCAGGAGACUACGGGCUCCCGUUGAUCGGUCCUUGGAUUGACAGACAAGACUAUUUUUAUAACCAGGGAAGAGAUGAAUUCUUCAGGUCCCGAAUUCAGAAAUUCCAGUCCACAGUUUUCAGAACAAAUAUGCCUCCGGGAUCUCUCAUUUCGUGUAACUCUAAAGUAAUAGCCUUGCUCGACGGAAAAAGUUUUCCGGCCUUAUUCGACACGGAUAAAGUCGAAAAGAAAGAUUUGUUCACUGGUAAUUUUAUGCCGUCCACGGAACUCACCGGCGGAUACAGAGUCCUAUCAUAUUUAGACCCAUCCGAGCCGAGCCACGCUAAGCUGAAAAAAAUCAUGUUCUUUUUACUGUCUCAUCGGCGUGAUCAAGUGAUUCCGGAGUUCCAAAACUGUUAUACAGAACUGUUUGAGAAUUUGGAGGGGGAAUUGGCUACAAAAGGUAAAGCCAGCUUCGGCCAAGCCAAUGAUCAAGCCGCGUUUAAUUUCUUGGCUAGAUCGUUAUAUGGCGCAAACCCAGUUGAUUCGAAGCUCGGCUCUGACGGACCCAAGCUGGUUAGCAAAUGGGUACUUUUUCAACUGCAUCCAUUACUGCUUCUUGGCCUACCUAGACCAAUAGAAGAUGGGAUUCUUCAUAACUUUUCUCUGCCGCCAUUUUUGAUCAAGAAAGAUUAUCAGAGAUUAUACGAUUUCUUUUACCAGAACUCUACACCGAUUCUUGAUCAAGCUGAAAAACUGGGUGUAUCACGUGACGAGGCUUGCCAUAAUCUCCUCUUCGCCACGGCAGCCCAUGCCUGA